AUGAAGAAGGAAGACAUCAGCAAGACGGCGUUCCGAUCUCAUGAUGGUCACUAUGAAUUCAUGGUCAUGCCGUUUGGUUUAACAAAUGCACUGAGAAGGUCUUGGGAGGAUCACAUGGUACACCUGGAGAUUGUAUUGAAGAUACUGCAGCAACAACAGUUAUUUACAAAGAGAAGCAAGUGCUCAUUCGCUGUUUGGAAGAUAGAGUACUUGGGCCAUGUGAUUAGCAAGGAUGGAGUGGAAAUGGAUCAACAGAAGGUGGAGUCCAUCAAGGCGUGGCCAAUUCCUAAAUCAGUAAAGGAGCUAAGGGGGUUUCUCUGUCUUGUGGGUUACUAUGGACGCUUCAUCAAGGGGUUUGGGAUGAUCUCGCGGCCGCUCACCAAUCUGUUGAAGAAGAAUAACUUCAGGUGGAAUGACAAGAGCAUAAUGGCAUUCGAACAACUAAAGACAGCAAUGAGUAGUGGCCCACUGCUAACCUUGCCGAACUUUGAUGAGGAAUUCACUAUUGAAACAGAUGCAAACAAUUAA